AUGGCAUCCAAGUCCCUGUCCACAUACGCGGGGGCAGCGCUUCUGGCCGGUGCUCAGAUGGCCUCCGCACUUAACUUUACCAUCGCCAACGGCCAAAUCUUUACCCCGGGGCUGGUUAUCGUCGAUGCCCCCCAGCCGGGCACGCCCCUUGGCGGGGACCUCAUUGAGGUCGCCCUGGAUGUAUCCACCAACGGCCGUCUCCAGCUACCGCCUUACCCCGAGGACAACCCCAGCAUGAUCCACAAAAUCGACAUCUUCCUGUCUAGCUACGUAACGAACCGCAACUUCACCAUCACCAACGGCACGGCCUCGGCCAACAACGCCAGCCUGGGCGACAUCAUGUUCCAGGAGCCCGGCAGCACCGUGAAGCACGUCAAGUGGACCUGGCCCGACUGCCUGGUCGGCGACGGCGGUGGCGAGGGGGAGGGCUUGGGGGAUACCGCUCGGGGGGUGUACAACGUCUCCAUCCGCCAGUCCUUCCGCCUCAAUGGCGAGGACUACUACACCGUCUUUGACCUGCCUAUCGCGGUCACCAACAGCAUCCCGGCGAGUGACAACCGCCCAUCGUGUGCCGCGCUGAACAACCCGUUGCUGUCCCCCGAGGAGGUUCUCGACUCGUCGGAUGUUAGUGUGCCGGUUAUGUUUGCGCCGGGCGAUGCGACCACUGUGGAGACCAAUCCUAAUGGCGCGGCGAGCUGGAGGGGAGGGAUGGGCUGGAUUGGCGUGGCGGGUCUGGUUGCUGCGCUGGUGUUGUGA